AGGUGCGGCCGAGACAUUCAAAUAUCCCACACACGGAUUCCUAAACCGGAAAAGAAAAGAAAUGGCAUUUCUCGACGUUCAAAUUGUAGCCAACGAGCGAAGGAUAGCACGUAUGCUUUAAUUGGCAUUCAGGAAAAUUCUGGGAAAAUGGUUACAAACGAAGUCUGGCAUCACAGUUUGCUCUUUGUUUAGAAUGGUCUUCACACUUACAUGUUCAUAGCUGUGCUUCAAUUUAGGUUGAAGCUAAAAAAUAUCAAAAACAUGCAGAGCAUAAGGCGGCGCAUCGCUGCAAUCGAGAUCCGAGAAACCCUAUUCCUUCGUCGCCUUUUCACUUCAUCCAGCGACUUCCAAGGAAGUGGAGAAGCUUUUAUUUCCCGUUAUAACAUACAAUCUUGUUUCAAAAGCAGCUGGAAAUGCAGCAGGAAGCAUCCAUGGCUGGACCAUUGGGGUGCCAGAAGUUUGAAGAACCACUUUGGUCCCAUCUCGGUCGACGAGAGGACAUCGAACGUUUCGCUUGCAGGAGGGAGUAAAUAUUCCGUUAUUAAAAUCGAUGAUUCUGGUAGCUGCGAGCCAAUGCUUCUUACAGUCUCCGAGCUUGGCAUUCACCCAAGAGAUAUGGACUUACUAAUAGGCAACUUCUUUAUCCCUAAACGCUCUACUAUUGCUACAAGGAAUGAAAAGGUGCUGAUAAGAAUGGAAAAUGUCAGAGCUCUUGUUUGCAGGAGGCAUUGUUUUCUUUUUGAUGCGCAUCAUCCAAGGAAGGGUCUUCAAAAGUCACAACUUCAUUCACCAAAAGUGUGCGUCUCACGGCAGGAGGCUUUGCAGAAAGCACGCGAAGCUUUUGCACUCUCUAUGGCUGAGUAUGCAAAGGAAAAUCCUUGUAGUUUGCAUGAGUCGAUACCAUUCCAUUUUCGCAUGAUAGAAUGUGUGCUUGAAGAAACAUGCAAUUUUUUUCAUCAAAAGGUUGAAAGGUUGAAGAUAGUGGUAGAGAAGAUUCUAGAGGAUUUGACGAUUGAUGUGAAUAUGGGAGGGUUGCAGAGAUUGCUGCCUCUUAAAAGAGUCUUGACUGAAGUGGAGCAUGAUAUCUCAGACACUCAUGAAGCUCUAGAACAGGUUUUGGAAAGUGAUGAUGCUCUCAUGGACCUCUGCCUCGAGUGCUUAGAUAGUCCAACAUCUUCUGGGACGGGAUCACAACAUUUUACAGAGCAAGAUCAGGAUCGAGAUAAGUUGCGUCGAGCAGCUGCAGACAUCAUGCUGACAUAUCAACGGCAAGUUGAUGAUGCAGGGGGUGUGGUUGAAGAGCUAAGGAAAGGUAUUGAGUCAGCACAAGAGGUCUGGGAGCUUACACUAGAUACAACCAGAAAUAAAAUAAUACGCACGAACCUUUUUAUUUCAAUGGCAUCAUUAUCCUUGACCUCGGCCACUGUUCCAGCAGGUUUCUUUGGCAUGAACCUUGUCAGUGGCCUGGAGUCUGCACCUUCUGUGUUCUAUAUAAUUGUAGGAGCAACAUCUGCUUCGUCUAUUUUUGUUGGCUUGGGGCUUCUAUUUGUGUUCCGUAAAUUUCUUGAUAAUCGUCGUGCACAGGAUCUUGCAGCUUUACAAGAUCUCCUUAGCCACAUUGAUGAUAUUGAUGAUAUUUUCCAGGUCUUGGCAUCAAAAGGUGCUGUAGUAAGCCAAGAGGAUUUCAAGAAGUUUAUACGUAUACAUCCAUCUACUAAAUCAAUGCAAGAGAGAGAAAUUGACUUAAUGUUUCGCAUGUUCGACAGCAAUCACAACGGUCAACUUGAGGGUCGUGAAUGGAAUAGAGGAGCACAACGAACAUCAAAAGGGAAGAAACACCAGUGCGGCACAUGAAUUUUUGUUGUCAUUGAAUUUAAUAACUAAUAAAACCUGGUGCUUAUUCUUGCAGUGACAUUGCCCAUAUGUAACAAUUCCUUUUUGUAGAAGUGACAUGCUGAAUACAAUACCUCGUGUGGUUAAUGUAUGAAGCUAGUUGCUUUUUAUUAUUUAUUUUUGCAGAGAGUGGUAACGCACAGAAUGGUGGGAAUGGAAACCUUGUUUCACUGUCGUGAAUAUGUUCAAAAGCCAAUAUUGUGGAAUGUGAGAUUAAAGUGGUUUUGUUAAAGUUUUACUUGAAUGAUCAGGCAUUCCAAGUCUACAUCCUAUUAAAGUAUGAGGACAGCAUUUUAAAGACAGCAGUUCUUGUAACUACCUAUUGUGAAUAUUGAGCAUUUUUCAUGACGUCUAUCAAACUGCAAUUUUGCCCCGAAAUUUCGAUGGCAACAUUACAUGCUUGGACUUUUAUGAGCCCCGUGUCAAGUUGCCUUAGAGAGAACAAUGCAUUGUUUUCCUGUAGUGCAUGCACAGUAAGUAUUGAAAUCCUUCUUACUCCCACCCUCAGAUGCACUGUAUCAAGCUUAGUGCUUCAGAAGGUGAGAAGUUAUUACCAUGUCUCCAGAAAUUAUUUGGAGUCUGGACGGUUAUUACUUUCUAUAUACAAAAAUUAUAUUGUACGAGUGAAAUAAUUCUUUGAUAAAUGAUAUGUGAAGAGAUACUGAUUA